AUGAAAGAAAAAGGCGUAUAUUCCAUACAUACAUUAUGCCGCAUCUGCCUAAAGCAAGUAGAUGAGACCGCACAUGGCUUAUUCCUGGUGCCAGGCUUGGCCAAGAAAUUGUGUGUAUGCAGCUCUCUGUCCGUGGAGCAGGAUGAUGGCUUUCCUGAAAACAUUUGCACCAGUUGUUACAGUAAACUUGACGACUUGCACAACUUUCAAAAGAUGUGCGUGGACUCAGUGCAAAAGUUCAACGAAAUGGUGGCCAAGAACUGUUUUACCUGCAACACGCCGCCCAUCAAUAGUAUUGAUGUGGUCAACAUCGACAGACGUGAAGUAGAUGGCGAGGAAGAGGAUCACGUUAACUUUGAUCCACUGUUGAAUACCAAAUUAGAGAUUGUUGAGAGUGAGGCCCAUUUGUUAAAUAUGAUUGAAAAUGUCGACAAAGAAACAGUGGAAAAGGAUAAUAACUCUUCUAUUCACAGCGAUAAUGAUAUUGACGAUGAUGUUGAUUUUGAAGUCAACAGCAGUGACUCGGACGAAGCCAUGCCCCUUGCACGAUUACGCAAAAGUGUUAGAGCCAAGACAAAACAAAAGACCAAACGGAGAACUACCAAAAAUAAAACAUAUGAUUCUUCCAGCUCAGAGUCCUCAGAUAAUGAAAAACAUGUUCUUGGGGAUGACGAUAAGGCAAGCAUUAAGCCAAAUAUUAACUGUCACAUUUGCCAUCAGAAAUUUAAGACGGUCGUACUCUACGAAGAGCACAUGAAUCAACACCAAGAUUUGUUGCCUUUCCAAUGCAAUGUUGAAAGCUGUCGAAAAGGUUUCACGACGGCAAGUGGCUUGCGCCUUCAUGUGAAUCAUGCACACGCCGAACACGCUGAAGUGCACGUCUGCAGCGUUGAGGGCUGUAACCAAACUUUUUUGCACAGUCGAACGCUCACAAUCCAUUUGAAGAAAGAACACAACAUAAUCAAAGAGCCAACCAAGGAAUAUCCAUGUGCUGCGUGUACAAAAGUAUUCCGUUGUCCCAUGGCGCUCAAGAAGCACACGUACAGACACACAGGCGAGGAAUUACCCCAUCCUUGUAACAUUUGCGGCAAGCGCUUUCCUACGAAUAGUGCACUCAAAGAUCAUCUCAUGCGGCAUGCGGGCGUCAAGAAUCAUGUUUGUCCUUACUGCGGCGUAGCCAAAACUACGCGUCAAGAGUUGAAUGGACACGUAUUAAUACACAGCAAGGAGAAAAAGUUUAAGUGCGAGCUGUGCGAUCAUGCCACCCACAAUAAGGCGUCACUCGGCAACCAUGUCAAGGUGGUGCAUAUGAAGAUUAAGAACUUCGCCUGCCAGUUUUGCGGCAGAACUUUUGGUAAAUCUAACGCUUGCAAGGUCCACGAGAGACUUCACACAGCCGAAAAUUGUUCGGAGUGUAAGAUCUGUGGCAAGAAAUUCCUUUUCGAAAAGUUCCUAACCAGGCAUCUACAGAUGCACGAAAAGCGUGCAGCUAAUCCUCCAAAAACUAAAUCCAAGCCCAAAGUCAAUGCUGCGCCGCCAAUUAAAAAUGAGCACCAACAGUUAAUGGAUGCGCCAAGCGAGCCUCUUCCUGUUCCUGUACCUCCAAAGCCAAAGAAUUCAAACAGAGUGGAGCGGGUGGACAUAUCCCAAUUAGCUGGUACAUCUGUCAAUCCCAUACCAUCCGUGGCAGUGCCGUCGUGGUCACCGCAAAUUGACUUCUCCAACAAAGAGGGUGAACACGUUUGUCCUGACUGCGGGAAAAGUUUGAGUUCCAUAAGCGGGUUGAAACUACACUACAAAGUUGUACAUGCCAAAAUAAAGGAUUUUGCCUGUCGCUUUUGUCCAAAGCGCUUUGGCAGGUCACAGCACCUGCGUAAUCAUGAGCGUACUCAUACGGGAGAAAGGCCAUUCGAGUGUAAGAUUUGUGGCCAGUGGUUCCGUCAACGGGAGGUUUUAAAAACGCAUCUGAGGGUGCACAAUAAAGAGCCGAGGCAACCAAAGCCACCAAAACUACAAAAGCCACGAAAGGGACGAGUACCGAAAUCUAAUCGUGGCCGAAAAAUUGAGCUGAACAAGGGGAAGCCAAAGAAUUACGAAGAGUACCAGGAUCCAGCUGCCGAGUGUGCAGCCGCAUCUGCUGCUCUGCUAGCUAAGCAGAUCGAAAAGAACGAAAACAAACGAAAGGAGGAGGCUGAGAUGCGGAAGAUUCAAGAAGCGGCGAGUGAGCAGCUAAGUCAACUAAAUAUGCUUAUGCAGCUUCAAAAGUAAGAACUGACGAUUGGAGGCCGCCUACCAAUCUACAUUCAGAAUACUACGACUAGUUGGCCAAGGAGCAAUCGUUGGGAGGUGCAUGCCGUACAUGUUCUUUUCAGCCUGAGCCAAAAGAUCAGCGGCUGGU